UGACAGUCUUCUAGAAUCUAUUCAGGUCUAAGCAGCCCAUUUCUUAGAGUUGACGUCAGUAAACAUAUGCCAGAUUUAACUUGAUAGUGAGACUUGAAGUUGAGUAAAAUUGUAUAGAGGUGUCAAAUGAGGUAGCGUGUUUUAUGUCUUUCUUAUCGGUUUUCUGCAACGUUUUGUAACAUGUUCGAAAAUUCGUAAUGAGUUAUUUUCUCGUUGAUAGUUUGCUAAAGAGAAAAAGUUUCGGCAGAAAAAGAAUUACAAUAUAGCUUCCGUUUUUAAGUGAAACUUUAACAAAAUGUCGCUCACAGAUUCAGUUUAUUGAUAGAAACAAUUAGUUUGUCGAGAAAAACAGCAGAAUUUGAGUAUAUAUAUUGGAUAAUUGAAGAGUAUCGCAUCUCCAGUCUUGGAAUUACAACAAACGUGAAGUAGGUCCUAUGCUAUUAAUGAGGACGAUUUUUCUACAACAAAAAGCAAAAUAUAUACACAAAAAAUGGGAAACAAGUACAUGAAGCACGCAUUUGCUUUUAUAAUGAAAGCUAUUGUGUAUAUCAUUCUUGGUCCUGCUAUCUUGAUAUAUUAUGGAUUUCUACGAUGCAUUCUUGCUUUGCAAAUACGAAGACUUGAAAUGAAAGGAUGCAAUGACACGCAAGGUUCUCUCGGUCGAUUUAGGCAAAGCACAAUCAUUGAACUCACUGAUGUAUCAAAUGCAGAAAAGCUAGAUUUCAAGAAAAAUCGAUCAAUGACAUACAUCGAUCAGGUCACUUCUGGAACGUUGUGGGAAAUUUCUAGGUUCGCAUGUGGGCGCCAAACAAUUCCUUUAGUCUCGAACCACGUGCUGCACCACGCUUUGUUCAAUUCACCAUUCAGUUACGGACUAGUAAAAGAAGAAAAUCCACUUUCAGAGGUUGCCUGGCAUUUUUCUUUAGAGGAAAUGGGGAAAUACAAACUGUUCCAGGAAUUUUAUUGGGAUGUUGAAGAAAUAAUGGUUUUGAAAUCUGGCAAGCUAAAUAUUCGUGAUCGUUCUGGAAAAAUUCACACACCAAGAUGCAAGACAUGGACUCUGGCAAAGGCGCACGCUCAGGUCCAGUUGACAUUCUUCGUGCCAGGAUUAUCACAUAAUCAUGUACACUUUGUUUUGCCGUCCGUAAUAGCUUAUGAAACCCGUAAAAAACUUCCCGAAACAUCGGUGUUACGACAGCUCAUUGAGCCACAUACGAGAUUCACUCAAUAUAUUAACCAUCAAGCUCUCAACAAAAGUAUUUCAUCCUGCAACACCAGAAGUUUUUCUGAUCGUCUGUUUCGCCCUUGGCUGUGCAUGCCAGUUGAUAACGAUGAAUUUAUUAAAGGAAUUGCGAAAAAGUGCGAGCAGUUUUACUCAAAAAAUACCUGCAUGGUUCCAAAGCUUGAAGAUGAUAUUCCAUAUCAAUCAUUUUUGAAAAUGUACUACGCCAUUUUUCACAAAUACGUCAGCGAUUUAGCACCAUUUCUCAAAAGCGAUUACGAGAUUUUACGAAAAGCAAUGGCGGAACAUAUUCCCGGAAUACUCAAUCAAAAUAUGAUCGAUGUUCUAGUUGGAUUUCUUUGGAACUCCGCUGUUGUUCAUUUCGCCGACCACGAAACGUAUCUUCAGCAAUGGGCACGAAAAUAUGGUUGCAUGGGCAUUCGAAUCCCUCUCGUGACACCGCAUGCUAAAGAUAAAGAAGUUGAAGUCAACACGAUAAGUUCGGGAAAAAUCAACGGAUCUUUCAACUCAGACUGCAUUUCUGCAUAUAAGAAAAAUCACCAAAACAGCAACGAUGUCAUUAUUGAAACAUACCAUUAUUCAAAAGAAGAUGGUUCACGAUUUUUCCGUUCAAUUGACAUAUGCAGGACGAGAUGUUUUUUACGUACGUUUGUGCAGUACAAUGAAAAUCCGAAAGUCAAUAUGAAACUAUUUGAUACUGAGUAUGCCUUUACGGACUCGGCGGUGAAACGUACUGCUGCCAACUUUUUGAUGGAGUUACGCGACCUGAGCUCAAUACAGCGACAGCGGGGCGAGGCAAUUGUGAAGGGUGAAAAUUUCAUACGAAGCGUCUGUUUCUGAAGAUGACACAAUGUAGCUUUCACACGAGAACAAACAAGUUCCGAGCGUACGCUGCUCGUCGUAGUCUGGAAAUGGGAGUGCAGCUAUAUUCUGGAAUGAUCAAUCAGAAUCAAUGAUUGACACUGACAGAAUAGAAUCAUUCAAACUGGCACUUUCGACAUCCCAUAGAUAAAAAAUGCCUGUUGAGGGCUAACCUAAUAAAUGUAUUUUCUUGCCACAAAAAGCCAGCAAUUAUUGACAACAAGUGAUCGUUAGAGGCAGCGUGUAUGUGUGUAUAUAUAUAUGCUUAUUGCUUACCUAUUUGUGAUGCAAAAUGCUGAAUGAAUAUAAAAUAAAUUAACGAGUUUAAAUACAAUAUACACGGAACUGUGAGUAAUAUA